AUGAGUGAUUUUAGAUUAGCACUUUGCGGUUCCGCUAGAAACAAAUUGACAAAUGAAUAUCUACCUGCUAUGAUAUAAAUGAGUUCAUACACGGGAAAUAUUGAUUAUUUUUCUUAUUUAAGGAAUGUGGAUUUAACAUUGACAAGAUCAACAAGCAUUACUUAUUGCCGAUUUUGGGCACCAAACCCAUAUUUUCUUCAAUCAAUAAAUGGAUCUACUUAUGUGGGAAUUACCAAUAAUGAAUAAUUUAUCAUUGUGUAUACUUGGAGUUUGGCUUCUCAUAAAGUAUAUCGAAAAGAUAAUCAAGACCACACUCUAAUUUCAAACUUUAUUGAUAAAUUCGAUGACUACCAAAUCAUAGUGGGGUAUCAAAGAGCAGCCAAUGAUUAAGGGUUUUUAAUUUUAGAUAUAGUCAAUGAGACCCAGAGAUAUAUGUAGUUGAAACUGGAAUAAAAUGUAGUAAAUUAUAUUAGUUUUGCUGUUUUAAGAACCUUUGAAAUGUACGUCAUAGCAAAAGUACAGAUUUCUGGAGUUCAAUAAACUGCAUUCAUUGCACUAGAUGCUAAGAAGUUUGAAAUAAUGUACUCAUUCAUAUCUCCAAAUAACUCUCUAUUAAACACAACUUUUAUUAGAUCUAUUAGACCAGGUGAUAGAAGUUUCUUUAUUUGUUGA